AUGCAAUACACUCAACCUAAAACAAAGCUCUCUAUUUUGCUUACCGCUGUUGCUAGAGAGGUGAGAGAGCAGUUGAGUCGAGCCACAGAUGAAACGGUAGAGAUAGUACUCUACGGCUUGGUCUAUUGGUUCCGUAUAUGGGACCACGAGUAUAAUUUAUAUCCGACCAAGUACUUACUCAUGUGGCUCGACUUCCUUAUUAAAGACGUCGAGUCUAACUUAAUUGAUUCUGAGCCUCUAGUUUAUCUUCUCUCUCUUAUUCGUACUGGUUAUUAUCAACCAGACAUUGAGCACUUUAAUUGA